GGAGGCAUUGGCAAGCACAGUCUCAAUUCCAGGCUGAGAUGUUAAGGAGCGAAUACGCGCUCGACACAGUUUUGACUGCGCUGAUGUCUCGAGUUCAGUCGACGGUGUCGCAAAGGAAUCUCUCUCCAAAAUAGACCCCAGCACCGUUAUCGACGAAUAAACCUGCGAUUGUUGUUUUCUCCAAAAGGAUGUGAUAUUUACGGAAACCCAUCGAGAGGACGCGCGAGGACCUGUUCCACCAGCCCCAUUGCGGAAAGCGCUCGAGACUCAAAAAUAGAGAAAAAAAUAAAAGGGGAAAAAUCCAUUUGGAUCGUUGUAUUUCGACCGUACCAUUGAACAUUGUUCCCUUUCCUUUUUUGGCGAACCGCUUUAAGGAAUGGUCACGGUAAACACAAGGGCACCGAUGGAAUUACACCGCUGAGAGCGCGGAACUUGACGGAUUUGUUUAUAAAGAAAGAUCAAGGUUAUAAACUGAAGAGUGGGGACAUGGCGUAAUUCUUUACUUGGAAAUGUAUAGCCAGGAUAUCAGAACACCAAACACUUAAGCUCCUGUCAAGGUGUCUCACCGAAGGUCUGAAAAUGCGCACGGGAACGCGCCUUCUUCGCAGUGAGGAAAUCUUCGUGGAUAAAAUUCACAAAACGUCGCUCAGUUUCACAGAUGGCACAUUUCUACCUGGCCGAGUUUCCUUCACUGACACCUCGUGACACGCAAGGGGCUGAAGCCAGGAAUGAUGGGAGCUGUAGUCCGGUUCACAAUCUUAUGGGCUUUCCUGGGUUGGUCGCAGGCUGCAGAGAAGCCUCCAUCCUUAAGCGUGGCUGUGAUUCUAGGCCAAACCCCCGCUGUAUCCGAAUCGGCCAUGCGUCCGGUGCGCGGGGUAGGCGCGCCGCUGGAGGUGACUGUGCUCAGCGUCCAGGUGAACCAGACGGACCCGGGAAGCAUGCUUACGCACCUGUGUGAUCUUAUGUCCCGUCAGAGACUGCACGGGCUGGUUUACGGAGACGGCUCUGAUCAGGAAUCCGUGGCGCAGAUGCUUGACUUUGUUUCGUCUCAGACGGCAAUGCCCAUACUGGGAAUUCACGGUGGCGCUGCGAUGACCAUGGCGGAGAAGGAUUCCAGUUCUUCAUUUUUCCAGUUCGGAGCCUCCCUCCAGCAGGAGGCACUGUUGAUGCUCGCCAUAAUGGAGGAGUACGACUGGCACAUCUUUUCUGUGGUCACCACUAAGUUCCCAGGUUACCAGGAGUUCAUAGCUACCGUACGUGUGACAGUGGACCACAGCUUUAUUCGUUGGGACCUUCAGGGCGUGGUAACGCUGGACGGCGUCGGCGAACCUGAGGACCGGGCCCACGUGCAGCUGAAACGCAUCCAGUCGCCCGUCAUACUACUCUAUUGCUCCAAAGCCGAAGCGGCUUUGGUCUUUGAUGAAGCCCAUUCGUUGGGGCUCACUGGGGCUGGUUUUGUGUGGAUUGUUCCAAGUCUCACAACAGGAAAUCUCGAACAUACCCCAGAUGCCUUUCCAAUGGGUAUGAUAUCAGUGGCGUACGAUGAGUGGGAUUAUCCCUUGGAGACGCGCGUGCAGGACGCUGUGGGAAUUAUCAGUUCUGCAGCCGCUGCCAUGUUUCGGGAGGAAGGUCGGAUACCCGAUGGUACAGCAAGUUGCUCCAACCAAUCAGAGAAGCCAGAGGUGCCGCCCAGCGCUCUGCGAAGAUAUAUGAUGGGCGUCCGUCUAGGGGGUAGAGAUCAUUCAUUCAUGGACGAUGGUUACCAGAUGAACCCCAAACUGGUUGUCGUUGUUCUGAACACACAGAGGGAAUGGGAGAAGAUGGGACGAUGGGAGAAUCAGACGUUGAGGUUGAAGUUUCCAGUCUGGCCACGUUACAACUCGUUCGGGGACCAGGAUGCCGAUGAGAACCACUUGAGCAUAGUGACUCUUGAGGAAAGACCCUUUGUCAUAGUGGAUGACGUGGACAUUCUCACUGGUACCUGCAUGCGUAACUCGGUACCGUGCAGGAAGCACAUUAAAGAUAACACCACCGAGGGUUCCUACAUCAAGAAGUGCUGCAAGGGCUUCUGUAUAGACAUCCUGAAGAAGAUUGCAAGGAAUGUCAAAUUUACCUACGAUCUUUACCUGGUCAAUAACGGUAAACACGGUAAAAAGAUCAAUAACGUUUGGAACGGCAUGGUGGGAGAGGUAGUCUAUAAAAAGGCCAUAAUGGCCGUCGGCUCAUUGACCAUAAAUGAAGAGCGUUCAGAGGCCAUAGACUUCUCCGUCCCAUUCGUCGAGACCGGCAUCAGUGUGAUGGUGUCCCGUAGCAACGGAACGGUGUCGCCCUCCGCAUUUCUAGAACCCUUCAGUGCUUCGGUGUGGGUUAUGAUGUUUGUCAUGUUGCUCAUCGUCACGGCAAUCGCCGUUUUCCUCUUUGAAUUCAUCAGUCCUCUCGGUUUCAAUAGAAAUCUGGCACAGGGCAAAGACCCACACGGGCCCUCCUUCACCAUCGGUAAGGCCGUCUGGCUGCUGUGGGGUCUGGUGUUCAACAACUCUGUCCCGGUACAGAACCCGAAAGGCACCACUAGUAAAUUCAUCGUUUCCGUGUGGGCCUUUUUCGCUGUGAUCUUCUUGGCUAGCUACACUGCCAACUUGGCCGCCUUUAUGAUUCAAGAAGAAUUUGUGGACCAAGUCACAGGCCUCAGUGACAGAAAGUUUCAAAGUCCUUAUUCCUACUCACCACCGUUUCGCUUUGGGACGGUGCCUAAUGGGAGCACAGAGCGAAACAUCAGGAAGAACUAUCCUGACAUGCACCAGUACAUGGUCAAAUACCAUCAGAAUGGAGUUCUGGAUGCACUGGUCAGCCUUAAAACUGGAAAACUGGAUGCUUUUAUAUACGAUGCUGCUGUGCUCAACUAUAUGGCGGGACGUGAUGAUGGUUGUAAGCUGGUCACUAUUGGCAGCGGCUACAUCUUUGCCACGACGGGAUAUGGAAUCGCCCUGCAGAAGGGAUCCUACUGGAAACGCCACGUCGAUCUCGCUAUCCUUGGGAUUAUUGGAGACGGUGAGAUGGAGGAGCUGGAGGCCCAGUGGCUCACCGGUAUCUGUCAUAAUGAGAAGAAUGAAGUGAUGAGCAGUCAGCUGGAUGUGGAUAAUAUGGCUGGUGUGUUCUAUAUGCUGGCGGCAGCCAUGGCUCUGUCGCUAAUUACUUUUGUCUGGGAGCACCUCUUCUACUGGAGGCUACGGUACUGUUUCACUGGCCUGUGUUCCGGUCGACCAGGAAUGCUCUUCACUAUCAGCAGGGGGAUUUGGAGCUGCAUUCACGGCGUCCAUAUUGAGAUGAAAAAACCACCAGAGUUGGGCUUCAGCCCUCAGGCCAACAUGUUGCACCUGCUGAAAUCCGCGAAAGAGAUCACCACCCUGGGAGUUACCUCACCCAAACAGCCCAUGAGUAUCCUCCCUAAUACAUCUGGCCUGCUGGAUUUGAUGGGUGGAGGAAAAGGUAACAACCUGUCCCAGAAAAACGCACCCUAUAGCAACACCAGCACCAUGCUCAGCAACCGUCUCAAAGAGCCACUUAACAACACAUUGUUGCCAGGGCAACGUGCCCUGAGCAUAACGGAUGCUCAACCAGGUGUUGCUGGAAACGGUGGCUCGGGAGGCGGAGGCGAGUCUGCCCGACCUCCUGCUUCCAAACCACGCGCUCUCUGGAAGAAAUCGGUCGAGACGCUACGACAGACACAAGGCCCGGGGGAUGAUUCCCCUCCAUCUGCUGCGCCGGCCUCCGAGACCCUGCCUAUGAAAAGCCAGAGAUACCUUCCCGAGGAUGCACCCGCCCGUUCGGAUGUGUCAGAUUGCUCUGGCCGAGUGGACCUGCAAAAGCAACAGAAGUUAAAAGAGACGCUUCGAAAACGUAACCGCCUGCCGCGAGACCCGAGCGACGUGGAGCUGUCGACGCUUAGGAGUCAGGCAAGCCAGCAGAGCAACCACAGCGCCAAGAUCUACUCUCAAAGCAGCCAGGGGAGUCAAAUAUACACCAUUGACUCCAUAGACCAGGAGCACGGACUACACUACCCAGAUAUCUUCAGCGAUCACCGUGACAACAUGCACCGCCCAACCUCGUCCUCUGAGCAACAGCCAAUCAUCCAGCUCAACAGCAGUCUGCUUACCCAGGCCCACGAACCAGAUGUAAUGCAAACUGCAAUUGCAAAAGACAAAAAAUACAACACGUACGGAAAGCCCGGGGGAGCGGGGUCCAACGCCGGUGGCCCCGUUCAGGACCCACGCCAGACACACUGCCGUAGUUGCCUGUCAAAGGUGUCCAGUUACUCCGGGCUUUACACCGUACGAUCCCCUCAGUAUCGCUGCGAUGCCUGCAUGCACUCCGCAAACCUCUAUGACAUCAGCGAAGAUCAAUUCCUCCGUCCAGAUGGAAGGGGUAUUGGUUCUGGAAGUGUUGACAGAGCCUUCUCUCCUUAUCUUCCCCAGCCUGAUGCUUCCUUCACAGCCUAUCUUCCCCAGAGCGACCAGGAAGGCGACGGUCUUAUUAGCCACUACCAGAACGAGGGCGUGAUCAUCCACCGCCAGCACUCUUAUGAGAACCUGCCCCAGAAGAGUUCAUCACGUCGCGUCAGCCUGCAAGACAGCACGCCGUAUGUCAACAUUCCCUCCUCGACACUGAUCCCAGACAAGCCCCACAAAAAUCCGUCUGCGCACCUAAACCACACGCUGGCGGGGUUGGGCGUAAGCGGACUCGGGAUCGGCCGUCGCAGCAAGUCGAUGUAUCCGGCCCGCCCUACGGAAAAUCCGUUUCUCCAGACGCUCCGUGACGAUCAGCGUCUGGCUCAUGGCCGCAGCUCCACAGACAUUUAUAAGCAGCUGGUACCGCUCACAUUAGUCCAGGCUGACGGCAACGUGCUCGGCAUGGGGAUGCCGACCCCUGACCUCUAUUACCCCGAGCACGUCAUGCCUUAUGUAGCCCCUCCCCCUGUCGGUACAUACACCGCCCCCAGAGCGUUGAGCGCUGGGGGCGCUCGCCGUGUCUACAAGAGGAUGCCGAGCAUCGAGUCCGAUGUCUAAAUGCGAGACGGCGUGUGUGAAAAACUCUGAAAAGACAUGCAUGGAUACUUCCACCGGGAUACCACUCGAAAGCGGAACUUGUUAAGCUUUAUGACUGCAGGGCAAAAAAGUUUGGAAUAUGUUUUGUUUCCCUUCACGGACUUAUCUGUCUGAACAAAAGUCAGAGUUCAACUUUUACAUCAGGUCCUCCCCUCUAGUCGAGCGGAAGCUCUGUGUCUUCCAGAAAACAUCUGAAAUGGUGGGCAGGACGCUCUCGCGCCUCAGAGCCGAGGAAGAGCAGCAGAAGCUGCUUGGAAGUACAUGGGCAGCUCCAAAGAGUUACCUUUUUUCACGCAACACGAGCAACCAAAAAGUAAAUUGAAAUAAAUAUCCACAUUCUGCACUUUUACACGCAAACACACACACACACACACAUACAUGAGGCACAAAUGAAGUCAGAUCUGUGAAAGAACAAAGUAAGUUAUAAAAAUAGAAUCCCUCAACCAAAAAAACACAGUCAUGUGUUCUGAAAUGAAUGAUUACGUUUUUGGAGAGGCAGAAGAACGUCUGUUAUGAAUACAUUUCGGGGAACAAGCUGCACUGAGGCACGAAUCACAAAGACUACGUAGAGUUAAAAGAUUAGAUUUUCAUUCCAGCCUGAACUGUGACAAAAUGCACUGCCUGAAUGAUUAGCCUCGGGUUAAAUCUCUGAAAUCGAGUGCGCUAGAGAAUUUCACAGGAAGGAAUUAUGGUGCACACCAGACCUGCGAUUGCUUGGACUUGUUUAUAUGUUUGAGGACGUCAACGGAGGAAAAGAUUUUUGUCCCUCACUUCCCCUAUAUCCGACCUUACAUGCGCGUGAAUGCGGGACGGCACGCCUCCGCUCACAGCACAACCGUGUAGUAGUGUCGAUGUUAAUUCAUCCAAAAUUUCUCACAUCGAGCGCAUUUCUAUAGCUGUCUAGAAUAUUGAUGAAGUGAUAGUCAAUUUUUACACCCUUUUAUACACUGCCGAGUAUUUGACAGGGUGGGCAAAGCAUAUUUGUAGAGUUAAAAAAAAUAGUUAGUAAUGAAAGAUGCGAGCGGAAGAGAGAGAGAUAUUUUUGUGGUUGGAAGGGACUUGUCGCCGGAGUAAAAAAAAAAGUAAAACCCCACACCAACUAAUGAUGUCAAUGCAGAACCACAGAAAUAUAUAAAAUCUUACCUGUUUGCCUCGAACACACAAGCACAUCACUUCCUGUAGAAUCCAACCACGCAGUCAUACUUCACGAAUAUUUGGGUUGAUUUGAAAUAUAAAUGGUCGUUCCAGCGAUAUGCACAAUAUCAGGUUGCAAUAUUAUAUUUAUCUAUGAAAUUUCCUAGUUUUACUAUGUUUUAUUAUUAGUUCCUUUAAUUUAUGAAUUGUUAUACGUGUGGAAUUAAUUUAUAAAUGUGAUUUAAUUGCGUAUAUAUAAAAAAAGAUAACAGCAUGUCAAUCUUCUCUAUGGUCAAACUUUUAGAAUUGUUCUUUUCGAUUUUUGAUGUGAAUGGGAGUAUAUGUUUACAGUGAAUGUGAAAAUAUGAAUUCAUCUCAGAUGUGAUUUUGAUUCUCAUUUGAAUACAAACAUAAAACUGUCUUAUGGAAAAAUGUCAACCGGAUGGCGCAGUUUUUUCAGUAAACUGGGUCUACAGAUGAGUGAGGUUUAUCUAUCAGGAUAUAUACUGGGUUUAUAACUCAAGUGGUCCUCCUCGCGACACAAACGUGGCUUGAUAUAAAUAAAGAAGUAUACGUUGUGGACACGGAAGAAGCAUUUUUAGAAUAGUCCGUCUAUCGCUCAGGCCUUGUCUGUACCAGAUCAUAACAGCUUUUGUAUCUAGCCAGGCAGCAUUUACACUUCCAAAAAAAUAUCCAAGUCAGUUGUUACUAAUUGAAUUAAUACAAAUGAAAUGCGGUCAUAUUCAUGUUUCUUAUUUUAUACAUCAGCCUCCAUGCGGUAGGCCAAGUAGACCUGUUCAUUUUGUGAUGUAUAUUAACAUCUCGCUUGAAUGUAGACACCAUUCAGAUCCA